UUGGGUAACUUGAAGCCAAUGAAAGGAUUGUUCCUUUGGCUUGUACGUUGUAAAGGAACGUGGUGGAGAAAUGCAGCUGGAUACAGCAAAGCCAGAUGAGGCCAGGUGCUGCUGCUACUGCUGCAAGAAGUGCCAUGAGUAUGUGAAUGUGUGUAUUUAUCAGAAAUUGUUUUUUUCUACAGAUCCCACAAAUCAGUUAUGCCUCAACUGCACCAGAGUUGAGCGAUGACAGGCGCUAUGAUUUCUUCUCACGGGUGGUUCCUCCAGAUUCCUUCCAAGCACAAGCAAUGGUGGACAUUGUGAAAGCUUUGGGAUGGAAUUAUGUAUCCACUUUGGCAUCUGAAGGGAAUUAUGGAGAAAAAGGAGUCGAGUCCUUCAUGCAAAUUUCCAGAGAGGCAGGUGGGCUCUGCAUUGCCCAGUCCCUGAAGAUCCCCCAGGACCGCAAGGACAAGAGCAUCGACUUCGAUAAAAUCAUCCGGCAGCUGCUGGAGACGCCCAACGCCAGGGCCAUCGUCAUCUUCGCCAACGACGAGGACAUCAGGCAGAUCCUGGCGGCCGCCAAGAGGGCAGAUCAGGUGGGACAUUUCCUGUGGGUGGGCUCGGACACCUGGGGCUCCAAGGUGAGCCCGCUGCUGCAGCAGGAGGACGUGGCCGAGGGAGCCAUCACCAUCCUGCCCAAGAGAGCCACCAUCGAGGGCUUUGACACCUAUUUCACCUCUCGAACCCUGGAGAACAACAGGAGGAACGUGUGGUUUGCAGAGUACUGGGAGGAGAACUUCAACUGCAAGCUGACCAUCACUGGCUCCAAGAAGGAGGACACGGACCGAAAAUGCACAGGGCAGGAGCGCAUCGGGAAGGACUCUCACUACGAGCAGGAGGGGAAGGUGCAGUUUGUGAUCGAUGCUGUGUACGCCAUGGCCCACGCCCUGCACCACAUGAACCGCGACCUGUGCUCCGACAGCGCCGGGCUGUGCCCCGAGAUGGAGCACGCGGGGGGCAAGAGGCUGCUCAAGUACAUCCGCAGUGUCAACUUCAACGGCAGUGCUGGCACUCCAGUGAUGUUCAACAAGAACGGGGACGCCCCGGGGCGCUACGACAUCUUCCAGUACCACAGCAGCAACACCAGCACGCCCGGCUACCGCCUCGUGGGCCAGUGGACAGACGACCUGCAGCUCAACAUCGAGGAGAUGCAGUGGGGCGGCGGGGUGCGUUCCGUGCCCCCCUCGGUGUGCAGCCAGCCGUGCCGGCCGGGCGAGAGGAAGAAGAUGGUGAAGGGGAUGCCGUGCUGCUGGCACUGCGAGCUGUGUGACGGGUACCAGUACCAGGCCGACGAGGUCACCUGCCUGCUCUGCUCCUACAACGAGCGGCCCAACGAGAACCGCACCGGCUGCCGCUCCAUCCCCAUCAUCAAGCUGGAGUGGCACUCGCCCUGGGCCGUCAUCCCCGUCUUCCUGGCCAUGCUGGGCAUCAUCGCCACCAUCUUCGUCAUGGCCACCUUCAUCCGCUACAACGACACGCCCAUCGUGCGGGCCUCGGGCCGCGAGCUCAGCUACGUGCUGCUGACCGGCAUCUUCCUGUGCUACAUCAUCACCUUCCUGAUGAUCGCCAAGCCCGACGUGGCCGUCUGCUCCUUCCGCAGGAUCUUCCUGGGGCUGGGCAUGUGCAUCAGCUACGCCGCCCUGCUGACCAAGACCAACCGCAUCUACCGCAUCUUCGAGCAGGGCAAGAAGUCGGUGACUGCGCCCAGGCUGAUCAGCCCCACCUCGCAGCUGGCCAUCACCUCCAGCCUCAUCUCCGUCCAGCUGCUCGGGGUCUUUAUUUGGUUUGCAGUCGACCCGCCCAACAUCAUCAUAGAUUAUGAUGAGCAGAAAACUAUGAACCCCGAUCAGGCCAGAGGAGUUCUCAAAUGUGACAUUACGGAUCUACAAAUCAUUUGUUCCUUGGGUUAUAGCAUUCUGCUCAUGGUGACGUGCACUGUGUAUGCCAUCAAGACUCGGGGGGUCCCAGAGAAUUUUAAUGAAGCCAAACCCAUUGGAUUCACUAUGUACACUACCUGUAUAGUAUGGCUUGCCUUCAUUCCAAUAUUUUUUGGCACUGCCCAGUCAGCCGAAAAGCUCUACAUCCAAACCACCACGCUCACCAUCUCCAUGAACCUGAGCGCGUCGGUGGCGCUGGGGAUGCUCUACAUGCCCAAGGUUUACAUCAUCAUCUUCCACCCCGAGCUCAACGUGCAGAAGCGCAAGCGCAGCUUCAAGGCCGUGGUGACGGCGGCCACCAUGUCCUCGCGCCUGUCCCACAAGCCCAGCGACCGGCCCAACGGCGAGGCCAAGACGGAGCUGUGCGAGAACGUGGAUCCCAACAACUCUAUACCACCAGUAAGAAAGAGUGUUCAAAAGUCUGUUACUUGGUACACUCUUCCACCUACUGUAUAGCUUUUGCCUGCUUUCCAAAAAGGCCCUGCUGCCAAGAAGAAAUACGUGAGCUACAACAACCUGGUGAUCUAGGCCUGUGCCUGCCUGAGCCCCGGGCACGGGGGCGAGAGGAGCCGGGCUCUGGGUGCUCUGGGAUCUGCUCUGGAAGCUCUGGGAUCUGCUUCAGGAUCUGCUCCAGGAGCUCCAGGAUCUGCUCUGGGAUCUUCUCCGGGAUCUGCUCCAAGAUCUGCUCCGGGAGCUCCGGGAUCUGCUUGGGGAGCUCUGGGAUCUGCUCCGGGAUCUGCUCCAGGAUCUGCUCCAGGAUCUGCUCCAGGAUCUGCUCCAGGAGCUCUGGGAUUUGCUCCGGGAUUUGCUCCAGGAUCUGUUCCAGGAUCUCCAGGAUCUGCUCCAGGAUCUCCAGGAUCUGCUCCGGGCAGGGCCCAACGCGGCCGCGCCUGCCCGGGCCCGCUGCGCGCCGCCGCUCCGCGCUCCGAGGGGUGAUUCUGUCUUUCUAUGUACUUCCAGACUGCAAGAUUUUCAACUCUGUACAGUUUGUGAGGAGUUUUGCAUAUUUCCAUCCAUGUUGUUCCGAGGUCACUGUUUGUUUUUUGGAUGCACAGUUUCAUCGAGGCCCGGUGCUCUCGGCACUUCUCAAACCGACCGACAGCCGAGGAUCUGAGGCCCGUGUACAUGACUUGUAUUAUUACUCUUGUAUCACUGCAAUCCAUAUACCUUAUUUUUUUUAACUAAACGAACAAAAAAAAAAAAGAAUUUAAAGACCAAAAACUGUGCUGGCGAAGUUUGUCCCCCCCCUUCACACCUCCGAUGGGCUGCAGAGGAAGCAGGAAGGAUUUUUGCUGAGUUUUAGUAGAGGUCUUGAUCUUUGGAAUGCAUGCCAGUAAUGUAUUUUAUGGUACAUGUUAAUAAUUUAUGUUUGAUAUUUGUAUUUGUGUUCUAUUUUGUUCUUUUCUUUAAGGUAUAUGACUAUUUUGCAAUAAUUUCGAUGAUUCUUAUGAUAUUUGGAGGAAAGAUUAUGGCUUUUACAUGUCUUGAGGUUUUUCUUUGUUGAUGCCCCACCAUGAUUGACCAGUGUGAUAAGGACUUACAGAAGCAUGUAUGUUUUAUACUGUUUGUAAUAAGUAAUUUCGUUAAUCUUGCUGCUUAUGUGCCAAUUUAGUGAAACCAAUCUUUGCCGCAACCUCCUCCCUCCCUUUCCAUUCUCUCGAUCCUGUGAUAUUAUCCAAGAAUGUAUCAAUAAAGGAUUUUGGUUAACUUUUU